GUUUUCUUCCUUUCAUUUUCCCAUUAAAUAGAAGCAACCCAUACUCCAAAACCUUCACUCUGCUACAACUUCUUUCUUCCCUUUUUCUACAAAGAUUGUCAAUAGAUUUCUUCUAAAUUUAGUAAUCUCAUCUACCACUCCUGGUUCAUCUUUCAGUUUUCAAGAGAGUAUAGACACCAUUAUACUUUCUAUACCCUCUCCUAAGCUGCUUAGGUAGCUUUUUGUUUGGUUGUUUGUUGAAGCAGUUGUUUCUGUAACUAGUCUCUGUUUUAUUUUCUUCUUUCUAGGUCGUCCUGGUAUUUAGCUUUUUCAAAAUUUCAAGGAACAAGAAAAUCUAUGGUUGUUGGGUGGAGGGAUCUUACAAAUUUUCUCAACUUCUUAGAUUCUGAAAAAGUCUAAAACUCAAUAUCAUAAUCUAAAACAGAGAGGCCGAGAGAGACAAUGUGGCGGUCAUCAUCGUCGGAUGCAAGAUCAAACCUGGAGAGGCUUAUUGGAGGAAUCACUCCAAAGCCCCCUUCUUUCUCUCUAUCACAGAGCUGCGAUAAUGAUUUGAAUAGUUUAUGGAUACAAGAGAGCAAAGAUGAAACUGAAUAUUUCAAGCUUAGUGAUCUUUGGGACUGUUUUGAUGAGCUAAGUGCGUAUGGACUUGGAUCAAAGGUUGAUUUGAACAAUGGCGAAUCCGUUAUGCAAUACUAUGUUCCAUAUCUAUCCGCCAUUCAAAUCUAUACUAGAAUAGCCCCAGCCAUUUCCAGGAACCAGAGCGAGGUGGUUGAUUGUGAGAGUGAAUGUUGGACUGAUGAUAGUGAGACUGAGAAGUUUUCAAGGUCUAUAAGCAGUGGUUCUAGCAAAGUAUGGGACUCUGUUUCUGAUGAUUCAGCUUAUGAACUCGAUGGCAUUUCUUCUCCGGUGCGAGAUAAGCUCGGUUACGUUGAGUUUCAGUACUUUGAAUCAGCUAAACCGCACUUGCGAGUUCCUCUUACCACCAAGGUUAACGAAUUGGCUGAGAAGUAUCCAGGACUUAUGACUCUAAGGAGUGUUGAUUUGUCUCCAGCAAGUUGGAUGGCCAUUGCUUGGUACCCUAUAUACCAUAUUCCAUCUCGGAUGACUGAUCAAGACUUAACAACGUGUUUCUUGAGUUAUCAUACACUUUCUUCGGCCUUACAAGGUGAUUUGGUUGAGGGUGAUAAUGAGAAUAACAAAACCGUGGAAGAAGAAACAUUUCAUUGUGAUGAUGAACCAGUGGUGACGAAGAGACUUCCUUUGGCUCCUUUUGGUUUAGUUACUUACAAGUUGCAUGGAGGUUUGUGGGGGAAUCAAGAAUCUUGUGACCAAGAACGGCUUCUUUAUCUUGGAAGUGCAGCGGAGUCUUGGCUGAAGCAGCUUAACGUUCAUGAUCACCAUGACUACAGCUUUUUCACUAUGAACAAGAGCUUGUAGGUCCAAAUAACAAUAAUAUUCUGCUUCUGGUUGUUUUCUCGUGUAUAUAUAGCAAACUCGUCAAUGUAGAGGUUUCUUUUCCUAAUGUUGUACCCAUGGAAAAUAAAUAACUUGGGUUUUGUUUU